AUGCACUGUCGUAAAGCGCCGUGGAUGGAUACAGUCGCAGCAAGUGAGAAAGGCAUGAAUCUGUGGGAUUUCGCAUCCAAGAACGGCUAUCCGACACCACUCAAGGUUUCUGGCUUCGGCAACUUAAUCCGUUCGAAAACGGCUCUGCACAAGUUCGGACAGCACUUUUACAACGGCAAGACAGUGGACCACGCUCUAUCAGACCCGACAAUGGCGCGCCUACUGGCUUACUGGAUCAACGCAAAAUUCAGCUUAUUUCGCAACAAAGAUCUAUCAGACGGGCUGCGGGAGGCAACCAAGGUUUCAACUCAGUUCUGCCGAAGUGAUGAUAAGCUCGGUGCUCUCCGAGACUCAUGA